AUGCACUAUCGUCGUGGCUUCCUUUCCCCGUUACGUGAAUACGAUUUCCGUAGCGCAAACGGAAUUUCCGCAGGCGAUUGGAUCUCCAAGCAGGUUGCGUCCUCUUCAAUCGUACCUGCGUUCAUCGACGCCCGUGCGAUAGUGCUGCGAAGCGCAAGCGGUAUCGAGAACUGGAGACUCGCUGACAAAGACUCGAUAACGCUAGAUACUAUAGUCGACGAGCAUGAUGGAUGGGGUAGACGCUCAAAUCAGUGGCGAGGGGGAUCGAGCAAAUUCAACCCUACGCCUCUUCAGUCUCCUGGCGAGCAUGCCCAAUUCUUGCCUUUCGAGAUGUUGUUGCCGUUGCACAAGGUUUCCAGGAGUCCCGUCAGUAUCACAACCUACGUACAGACUAUACAUAUGCAUGCGCAUGCAAUCUAUGUCGGAGCUCAAUCAUCCUUAGGUACCGCUCGAGCAGCUUGGAAAGCGAUGGCGAAGGAGGAAAUAGCAUUGACAGCGGUCGAGAGAUUGCAAGUGUCAAAAAAGGAUGAUGCAGGAUUGAGCGCCGCCAUGAAACACAGGACAAAAAGCCCGGUUUAUAAUCCAAGGCUAUUGCAAGAAGACGACACACUCGCCUUGUCUUCUAACACGACCGUAUUCGCGAGAGCUACAGAAACAAAUCAAAAGGACCUCCUUGAUCUUCUCUUGGCUGCGGAACAGCAUUACGAUGCCCUAUGA